CCACAAUGUUGACUCAACUGCGACGACCUGAGUGCUCUUCUUGCUUAUAAAUAUUUCGCGACUGCAGUUCGAAUAAGCAGUGAAUAUUUGUAUUCCGUUGCCGGUAAAAUGAAAACUUUCAUUGUGAUUUGUGUCCUGUUUCUGGCAGCAGUUUCCACUGAAGCCAAAACGAUGGACAGAUGUUCCCUGGCUCGGGAGAUGGCCAAUCUGGGGGUUCCCCGGGAUCAGUUGGCCAAGUGGACCUGCAUUGCCCAGCACGAGAGUGAAUACAUUACUUCGGCUGUGGGAAAGCCCAACUCGAAUGGAUCCAAGGACUACGGAAUCUUCCAGAUCAACAACAAGUACUGGUGCCAGCCUGCUGAAGGUGGCUUUUCCUACAAUGAAUGUGGUGUGAGUUGCAACUCCCUCUUGACCGAUGAUAUAACGACAUCCGUGAGAUGUGCCCAGAAGGUCCUGCGACAGCAAGGAUGGACCGCCUGGUCCACCUGGAAGUAUUGCAGUGGAUCACUGCCCUCAAUCAACAGCUGCUUCUAAAACAAACAGCUUCACAGAAGUUCUCUACAAAUGCAAACAAAUAAUCUUACCCUAAAAAAUAAAACACCCCCAAAUUUUAAUGCUA